CUAGAAGAACAGGUGCUACACUCAUUAAAUCACGGACGCAUUUGACUCCAAUGCAGAGACGAGUGCAACAAGUACAAACAACGUUUUUACAAUCCAGAGUCGAUAAUACGAUACCGCUGACUAAAUUAUACCCACUGGACGAACUGCUUUAUGUCGAUAUGGGCAGAACAGGUCGGUGGCUGACUGAAAAAAAUGUUUUUCCAUAAUUUCUUACGGAAUUACCGCCAAUCAGUGAAAGUUUACAGAGGAAAUAAUUUCUGAAUAUACGUUUUUUGCACGAGACUAUUAAUGGAUGAUUAAUGUGUGUCGUUGCGCUCAUUCCUACACGUAGGCUAGUCUUACUCCACUGUACAUGUAAUUAAGGAUAUGGUGAAGAAAUGUAAUCAUACUAUGUAGGCCUGCCGACGCAAUCUGAGAUUACUGGAACGAUGCACUGCACUCUCCGGAACGGUAGGGGGCGAAUGCACACGAGCCUCGACCCGAAAAGUACACCGAAGAACAGUUGAAACACUUCCGCCCUACGACGUUAGCACGCCGAGGCUAUCAUGGCGGCAGGACCAAUUUCGGAACGAAAUCAGGAUGCCACGGUGUACGUGGGCGGUUUGGACGAGAAGGUUUCGGAACCCCUUCUGUGGGAGCUGUUCCUGCAGGCGGGGCCGGUCGUGAACACUCACAUGCCCAAGGACCGGGUCACCGGCCAGCACCAGGGCUAUGGCUUUGUGGAGUUUCUGAGUGAGGAGGAUGCUGAUUAUGCCAUAAAGAUCAUGAACAUGAUCAAGCUGUACGGGAAGCCCAUCCGCGUCAACAAGGCCUCGGCGCACAACAAGAACCUGGACGUGGGCGCCAACAUCUUCAUCGGCAACCUGGACCCCGAGAUCGACGAGAAGCUGCUGUACGACACCUUCAGCGCCUUCGGGGUCAUCCUGCAGACGCCCAAGAUCAUGCGCGACCCGGACACGGGCAACUCCAAGGGCUACGCCUUCAUCAACUUCGCCAGCUUCGACGCCUCGGACGCCGCCAUCGAGGCCAUGAACGGCCAGUACCUGUGCAACCGGCCCAUCACCGUCUCCUACGCCUUCAAGAAGGACUCCAAGGGCGAGCGGCACGGCUCGGCCGCCGAGCGGCUGCUGGCGGCCCAGAACCCGCUGUCCCAGGCCGACCGGCCCCACCAGCUGUUUGCCGACGCGCCCCCGCCGCCCUCCGCCCCCGCGCCCGUCAUCACCUCGCUCGGGGCGUCGCUCCCCAUGCCCGGUCUGCCCCCUCCCGGUGCGUUCCCCCCCGUUCCGCCCCCGGGCUCCAUGCCCCCCGGAAUGCCCCCCGGCAUGCCCAUGCCCCCGGCCCCCGGGACGCCAGGACCCCAGGGAGGGGGAGGGGGACCCCCGCCGGGACCGCCUCCGUUCCCCCCCGGCGGCAUGCACCCCCCAGGAAUGCCCCAGAUGCCCAUGCCCCCGCCCGGCCCCCCAGGGAUGGUGCCCCCCCCACCGGCUCCUCCUGGGUCCAACCAGCACCGGGCCCCCCCGCCCCCGGGCAUGCCCCCGCACGGACCCCCCCACAUGGGCAUGCCGCCCAGAGGACCCUUCGGUCCGCCCAUGGGUCCGCCCAUGCCCCCCGGGAUGAGGGGCCCUCCUCCGAUGCCCCCCCCAGGUUACGGAGGCGGCCCGCCGCGCCCGCCCCCCUUCGGCUUCCAGAGGGGGCCGCCCAUGCCCCCCCGGCCCCCGGUGCCCCCGAGGGGCCCCAUGAGAGGACCAAUGCCCCCUUAAACUCCCCCAGUGCCCAAACCCCUCCCCUCCUCUCCCCCUGUUUCCGUUCCUUUUUACUUUCUGUCCAGUUUCUGGUCAUGUUUUCACUUUUACAGCAAGUUUUUAUUUUGGGUUAUGGAGGAGUCGCUGCCUUGUCUCGACAUUUUGUGUUUUUUGUUUUUGCCAUUGUACAGAGUUAGGAUUUGAAAUAAAGGUUUUAAUACAA